AUGACCGUCAACACACUCGAGUCCUCAACGUGUGUACUCGCACUGACAGAGGGCCCCCCCCGAGCUGACACUCCCAGCGCCCCCUCCGUCGCCGGUCCCGACGUCAAGGUCCUCUUCAUCGGCGCGGGCAACAUCAACUUUGGCUCGGAGGAAGGCCCCUGGAACCACUCGAAGCGACUGGAGGAGAAGCUCGGUAUGCGCCUCAAGGUCAUCGGCAUUGUGGACCCGGCGGUCAAGCGCGCCGAGGCUGUUCUCGCCGCCAAGUCGCUCGCCCUCGCGGCACCCGCUUACGCCGAGGCGAUCGUUUACCCCUCCGUGUCGACCGCGACGGCCGCUCUGGCCUCGUCACCCCCCGACCUCGUUAUUCUUGGCUGCCCUCCGGCGUUCCGGGGCACCUCCGACCCCUCCCAGGGCUUCAAUACCGAGGAGCAGCUCACCGACGCGUUCCCAGCGGCUGCCCUGUUUGUGGAGAAGCCCAUCAGCACGCAUCCAGUGGACGAGACGCACAAGGUCGCCGAACUCCUCGAGAGCCGCAAGGCCAACUUGGUCAGUGUCGGGUACAUGCUCCGCUACUCGGCUGCGGUCCAAAAGAUGAAGCAGAUCAUCGCGGAGAACAAGCUCGAAGUUAUGAUGACGUCGGCGCGGUACGUGAUGAGCUACGAGCACAGUCUCAAGCUUGGAUGGUGGAACAAGUCGGUCGACUGUGGCCCGAUUGUUGAGCAGGCCAGUGAGUUUGAAUAUGUGAUCAAUGGCACGCGGCAACUGACAAACAGCACACUUUUGCGACCUGUCGCGCUACUUUGGUGGCGAGGUGGACUUGGAGAGCAUCCUGGCGCACUCGAUCGAGUGUUGAACGUCGACGAGAGCCUCGUUCCCGAGGACGAGCGUAUCCCGCGGUUCACGUCUGCGACGUGGAAGUACGAGUCGGGUGCCAUUGGCCACCUCGAGCACGGCGUCGCGCUGCAAGGUGUCGAGUUUUCCACCGAGCUGGCUGUCUUCUGCGACGGAUACCAGCUCAAGCUCAUCGAUCCAUACAACCGCCCGACACUCUAUGUCCGUCGCCCGGGAAACGAUGCCGACGAAGUGCACCAUUUCCACAACGACGACGCGUUCCUCAACGAGAUGGAGACGUUCGUCGACCUCGCAGAGGGCAAGGAGGCCAAGAUCCCCGUUCUGAGCAGCUACGCAGACGCGGUCAAGACGUAUGAGAUGACGUGGGCUAUUCGGUGGGCGAGCGAGAAGACUCGCAGGAAGAGGCCUGCAACCGCUGCGUAA